GACCCGGAAGUAAAGUAAGGAUUGAGGAGGGAGGGGGGAACAACAGUAGAUCUAAGAUGGCGGAUGAACAGAAGGAAACAACACAGGGAGGGAUGGAGGGAGUGAACUGCCUCGCUUAUGACGAGGCCAUAAUGGCACAGCAAGAUCGUAUUCAGCAAGAGAUAGCCACUUCCACUCCCUUAGUGUCAGACAGACAGGAGCUGUCCAUUCUGCAGAGAGAGUAUGCACAAGAUGACAACAUUUACCAGCUGAAGAUUAAGGACUUGCAUAAAAAAUACUCAUACAUCCGAAAGACACGGCCAGAUGGAAACUGCUUCUACAGAGCGUUUGGCUUUUCACACUUGGAGUCUCUUCUGGAUGACGGCAAAGAGCUUCAAAGGUUUAAAGCAGUGGCUGGCAAGAGUAAACUGGACCUAGUGAACCAGGGCUUUACUGAGUUCACUAUUGAAGACUUCCACAACACUUUUAUGGACCUCAUUGAACUCUGCGAAAAACAGCCUCCGCUCGAAGAGCUGCUCAACUCGUUCAACGACCAGAGUGUUUCGGAUUACGUGGUGGUCUAUCUGCGGCUGCUCACCUCCGGCUACCUACAGAGAGAGCAUGCUUUCUUCCAGCACUUUAUCGAGGGAGGCCGCACCGUCAAAGAGUUCUGCCAACAGGAGGUGGAGCCCAUGUCAAAAGAGAGCGAUCACAUUCACAUCAUCGCCCUGGCUCAGGCUCUCAACGUCUCCAUCCUGGUGGAGUACAUGGACCGGGGCGAGGGGGGCACGGUCAACCACCACGUCUUCCCUGAAGGUAGUGACCCCCGCGUCUUCCUCCUCUAUCGACCGGGCCACUACGACAUCCUCUACAAGUAAUACCAGCCUACUCUCCUCUCUUCUCCUCUCCCCCCCCCUCCAACGCCUCUCUCUUUGGGCCUAGAUUCUCAUACAUCCAUGUAGCAAUUUGAGACGGUCACAAUGCGAUUCUUGUCAGUCAUAUCUCGACAGCCGCUAUCUGGAGAUGUGACCGACUAAGCAAGUUAACAGUCGCAAGUUCCACAUGGAUGUUUGAGAAUCCGGACUGAUGUCUUUGCAUCAUCCCACACCUAGGAAGGUGGGGUGGAACAGGGUGAAUGGGGGGUGGGGGGGUGGUUGGCGGAGAAUGGAAACUCACCACAGCAGCAGCCACGUUGAUUCAUGCGGUGUGUUGGUGUGCGAGGGUCUCUGAUAGCGGCUCACUGUGGAUCGCAGCCGGCCCUCUUCAGGGCCUGAUCUGACUUGAGUCAGCAGCUAUCUGGGUUUGUGCUACCGUAUUGGGGGAGGACACAAACAAACAAACAAACAAAUGUGCUCCUCACUUCAGUUUAUUACCCUCUUCUCAUCACACACACACAAAAUGAUAAACUGAAAUGAAUAAUUGAAAAAGGGGGGGGGGGGGAUCUUUCAAUGAAAAUAGCAUACAAAUUAAAACCUUAGCAGUGACUCCAGGCCUUUAGAGAGUUGUACAGUUUUUUUUUUUUUUCUUCUUUUGUGGUUGUAAAUGUUAUCAACUUGCUUUUGUUAGUUUUUUUUUUUUCCUUUGUUACACUGCGUUUCAUGAGUUUUAUUAAAGGGAUCUUCACCUUAUCACA